UUUCUCACUAACUCUCCCAUCACCACUCUCCCCCUCUAUUAAGUUUCAAGCGUCUCUUCCUCCUGAACUGAACAACACACACCAAACAGGGGACUGGACGGAAAACAGAAAUUUGCUCUCCUGGUCCUCGCCUCCAUCACCUCCCAUUUUGUCAUUUCCUUGCUUCAUCCACCCCCACCCACCACACCCCCAUCCUCUGUUCACUAUGACUGAUUUUGCUCAAUGUACCCAUCCAUCACAGGCUAGUUAAUAGCUGUGUCUGCAUACUAUUUUAAAACUUCCAAACCUCCACUUUCUUCACAUUUAACCUCACCCCAUUCUCCUACACCACCCCUCCAUUUUUUCAUCUAUUACUUACUCCUCUACUCUUUAGCCAAAGUGCACUACUCUUUCCCCCGAUCUUCCUCGGGCCAGUUGAGAUCAACAUGUGGUCCAACUUUUUCGUACAGCAGGAUGAGGACGGUCGGAUUGGAGUGGCAGGGGCUGGACAAGGCGGGGGUUUGGGUGGAGUGAAAGGUGGAAGGAGGAGGAUCCACAAGAUGAGCGACAGUCAGGAGGGAAAGAUCAAGCUGGCCUUCUUUGUGGCUAUCAUUGGUGUGACCCUGACGGUGCUGGGCAUGGGGACAGAGUUUUGGGUGGAGCUGGCCCAACCAAAGAAUUUCAGUGGCAACCAGACCUGCCAGAUGGCCCAUUAUGGCCUGUGGAAGGGCUGCAUCCGCACCCUAUGGGUGGCUGACAUAGACCCGGAGAGGACGAGCUGUGGCCCUGCUGAACUACCUGGAGAAUCCAACUGUACCUACUUCAAAUUCUUCACCUCUGGGGAGAACGCAGUCAUAUUCAAGAAGACAACUAACAAGAAGCUGAAUCUAGCUGCAGCUAUCUUGGCCCUUUUGAGUCUGACCAUGAUGGUGAUGGGCUCCAUCUGUAUCGCCAUGUCUCUCAGCAAAGGAGUGCCCUUCUUUCUUAAGCCAGCCUCCUUCUGUUUCAUCCUAUCAGGUGUACUGGUGCUUAUCUCUGUCCUGAUAUUCCACCAGUCUGUGCUGGCCCUGCUGUCCAGUGACCACUCCAUACCUUUACACCAUGAGCUGUCCUGGUCUGUGGCCUGCGUGGGUUCAGCAGGAGCCAUUCUUAUUUUCGGAGGUUUCCUGUUCAUCAUCCUCUCCCUUCCUUUCAGCCCCUGGCAGAAAUGCCUGCCACAGAAGAAUAGCGCCACCUAG